GUCGGAGAACUUCGUGCCGUUGUUCCGAUAUAUAUAUAUACACAUAGUUACUUUUGUUUUUCUCUACCACAGCGGUCUUUUUAACUUCGUGUACGUGCUGCUUUUAAAAUUCGUUAAAAGGGCGAUAAUACACCUACACGCACAUACACGCGUUCAAACGCAUUGCGCAACGUCAGGUGAUCAGCUCCCUCUCUCUCUCUCAAGUGACGUUGUCUGUAUUCAAGAGCUCUUUUUUAUUUUCCCACUUGUAUUUAUUUGCUUUGCUAUUUGCUAUUUAACUGUCCUGAGACGUCCAAGACUAUCGGUGACUGUUUCUUUUAUUCUUUCUUUUAUUCUGUUUUACUGCUUUAAUUGCUACGGACUCAUUUUUUUUUCUUCUUCGGCUUUUUCGUGUUUGUGCCGUUUUGAUGACGUGGCGUAUUCGCGAUUGAUAAGCACCGCCAGCUCUUCUCUAAUUUUCCUCCGCGUAGAUCCACACUCCUUAAGGCUUCCUCUAUUUUCCGCUUCUCCCCUUCCCCCGUCAGAGUUGCCCGCAGCUGAAAGUACAACUCCCUCUCAAGUAUCCCGCUUUCCGCCGAUUUGUCGCCUUCGUCGCUGCACAACUACUUAUAUAUUUUUUGGAGGGGACGAAGUUUUUUCUUUUUCUUAAGUUUCACCUCAGGCGGAUAGCGUGUGUAACUACUAUAGCUUUUCCCUUUCCCUUACUUGACGUAAAGAGGACAAUCUAGCUAAAUAAAUAAUCCUACGCGGCACAACCACCGCCAAUAGAAGAGACAACUCGACAUCUCAAAAGGAAUAACAUGGUGCAGCACGGCGCGGAUGAUCUGGACGCGACGGAGGAGCUGCCUCGGAUGUUUCCGUCAAGGACGACGCCGGUCUGCGCAACUGCCGUGGCUCCCCAGCAGCGCUACAGAGGAUCAAAGAUCAAGAAGUUUAUCAUUUGGUACGUGUCGUGCCUCUGUCCAGAGCCCCUCGAAGGGACCGGCGGCGGCGGCGGCAGCGGCAAUGGCAGCAACAACAAUACUAAUUCGAUGCCACAAGGUGCCGUGAAUGGCGAGAACGCCUCCGCUGCGCAGCAAAAAGUCUUAGCGAAAAGACCGGGAUGGCUGAUGCGCUUCCUCUUGGUGGAACGCUGGUCAGACGGGUCGCUUAUCGCUGUGAAGACGGACGUCUUUGCAGGUGUUACGCUGGCGGUGGCGCAGGUCGCGCCGUCCGUCGCCUUUGCCCUCAUGGGCCACGGCGAGCCCCUCGUCGGCCUCUACUCGUCGUUCUUCCUCGGGAUUAUCUGCUGCAUCUUCGGGGGUCGUCCUGGGCAGAUCACUGCGAUUGCCGGUGCCGUCGUGGUCCUCUAUCCAGAUCUGGUGGACAAACACGGCUACGGUGCCGCGUGUGCGGUGUCGGUGAUUGCGGGGUGCUUCCUGCUGCUGCCCGGGAUAUUUCGCUUCGCCCGCCUUGUCCGGCUUCUGCCCUCCUCUCUCAUGCUCGGUUUCUGUAACGGUCUCGGGCUGAGCAUGGUGGUGAAUCAAAUCCCGCAGUUCAAGCGACCGGAUGGCAACUACGUGACGGGUACGCAGGCCCUCUGCACCGCCAUCAUCUGCGUCGUCACCUACGCCGUCAUGAUGGUCAUGCCGUACUUCACGGCCAUCGUUCCCUCCGCCUUCGUGGCCAUCGUCGUUGGCACGGCGAUCGAGUACAUUUUCCAGAUGGGCACCGUCACCAUCGGCGACCUCUACGAGCUGCACGGCAACUUUCCGAAGCCGAUGGUGCCGGACAUCGCGUGGGCUGACGGUGGCGUCCUGAAGGACGUGUUCGUGGCCGCUAUCUUGACGGCGAUCGUCUCGUCCGUGGAGUCCUUCAUGAGCGGCUACAAGAUCCAGCAGCUCACGGAGACGCCGACCAACUUUGAGCGGGAGUCGCUCGCACUGGGCGCGGCGCACAUCGUGAACGGCUUCUUUCAGGGCAUGUCCGGCUGCGUCGUCUUUGGCCCCUGCAUUCUGAACAUUGAAUGUGGGGCGGGAACACGGCGACUCAGCAGCUUCAUCUGCGCGGUGCUCAUGGUCGUCAUCCCCCUCGCGCUCUACCGAGUCAUCAGCGUCGUGCCAAUGGGUGCGCUGUCGGCUGUCCUCUUCGGCGUCUCCUCGAAGACGGCGGACUGGCGCAUGCUGGCGAUGAUCUUUCUUCAGCGCAUUUCCUUUCAGGAGUCGGUGGUGGCCAUCGUCGUCACGGUGGUCACCGUAGUGUCAGAUCUGGCUAUCGGGGCCGCUUCGGGACUGGCGGCGGCGAUGGUGUUCUUUAUGUGGAACAUGGCGCGUGGACGCGUGCGGCUCAUGCCGAUGGAGCACCGAGAACCCGCGCACCCGUCCGUGGCGAACGCACCGACCACGGCCGCUGAUGGCGCCGCUGCAGCUUUGCCGCAUUUGUCCAUUGCUGUGCCGAAGACGGCCACGACAACGGGCAGCACCACCGAUGCCGCUUCCCUAGCCGCCGCCAGGGCCGAGCGUGAAGACGCGACACCGACGGCGACCGCCGCAGCCGGCUUGCAUGCAGAUGCCGCAGCCGAUCAGUGCUUCAGUGGCGCUGCGGCAGCAACGGCGGAGGCGGAGACCAUGCACGAGCACACCCGUUCGCCGCCAACGCUGGAGGUGUCCACCACCGUCGUCGUGCCGAAUGAAGCGCCGACGCCGGUGCUGAAUCGCUCCCUCAUCGGCAGCCCCUACGAACUUCGCGUGAACUUUCUGGACAUCUUGCACGACGCGAGCUUCCCUGAAAUUCGGGUCCUGCGCAUCAACCUGCACGGCGUCCUCUUCUUUGGUUCCUGCAUGGAGUUUGUCGACGGAAUGGUGAGGAUGCUGCACGACCACCACAGCGAGAUCUUCCUCAAGGUCACCGACUUCAUCCUCGACUUCCAGCACGGCCUGAUGCCUGUGCUGGACUUCUCCGCUGCAGAGGCGAUCCAGGAUACGGCCCACAUCCUGGCGAAGCGUGGCAUCCGCACCCACGUGCAGAACAUGGAUCCCCUUAGCUGGGUCUGCUUCAACCGCAUCCGCCGCUACUUCCCAGAUGUCUGCGAGGACGAUGUGAACGACGCGAAGCAGCACUGCUACGUGCGCCGCGUCUUUAAGAUCGUGCCGCGACUCGCCAUGCAGGACCGCAACACCGACGUGGACGAGCUGGACGACGACGUCUUCUUGCGCCCGAACCGCAGCUUUGUACGAUCUACGGCGGCGGUGGAGGCGGCAGCGGCAGCCGCGGUCGCACGCGAGGUCGACGAGGCCAAGGAGAUGGAGGCAACCCCCGGUGUGGUGCCGUCGCCGUCACCGUCGAGCGGAGCCUGCGCAAGCGGGCUGUCGCUGCCGCAGCCCCGUGAGCCGGGCCUACGAGUUGCGGAGAACGAACCGACGGCGGGGACGGACGCCGUCGUCACGGUGCCGCUGAGUGCGGUAGAGGAGUGCCUGUCCUUCUCGGAGUCUGUCAAGGUCGGCUUCCCGAUCUUCCGCCCAGAGCUGGGCAUCACCGUGCCGGUGUUUGACACCAUCGCCCACUGGGCGCAGCGAACGAUGGCGGAUAUCGAGGCGGGGCGAACGCCGGCCCUUGAGAUCGGCCUCACCGCGAGAAAGCCGAUCGACCGCCAGUUCGGCGACAUCGGCGCGCUGUGGUGGAGGCGGCUCCGCAACCUGGACAUCCCGGCCUGGAUCUACGACGGUGCGCCGGUGCCGGCGGAGCCGCAUGCGAUGACGCAACGCCCGCCCUCGAUGCCGCUGCGCCGACCCGUCCCAGCGAACUUUGUGCAGAUUGCCCGCUUCCCCGGUCAAGGCUUCGCCAAGGGGGAGCGGCUGCAUCGCAACGAGUGGCGGGACAUCAAGUCGAGCGUGUGCCAGCAGGUGUUUGCGACGGAGCCGCCGGCGGAGCCGAACCGCUUUGCCGCGCGCAUGCGAAAGGCACAAAAGGAUCUGAUAGAUGGGUUUAUCUAA